GGUGGGGCCCCAUGAGCAACACAUGCCAUGCCAUGAUGUAACAGCAUCAUGGCAGUAUUUAAAGAGGCGGCUGUCUUCCCCACACUACUGCAUCCUGUCCAUUCACCAGCUCAGAUUCAGUGAUUCAUUUGGCUGUUUUCACUUUGAGGUUUUGCACAUUUUACAAGGCAGUUUAACUUCUACAAGUCAAAUUACGGAUUUGGAGUAUGAUUUUAAAGCUCAUCACUUUUGAAAAAUAUUCUAUGGAAAAACAAGGAAACCAAUUUAUAGCUGGGACAAAGUUCAGCCAAAGGGACACAUUUAGAGAAUCCUGAUCUCUAAAGUUUCUGUCCUUAACACCUUCAACAAGAUUUUGGAGGAGCUUCUUCUUCUGUCCACAUUAAUCAGCCACACUUCAGUCCUUAUAUUGAUUAAAAUAACUGGAAAAUGGUUGGAUUUGGACCUGCAGAUGUGCCUCCAUCAGCAGCUGUUAAGUUUGUAGGAGCAGGAACAGCAGCCUGUAUCGCUGACCUUCUGACCUUCCCUCUGGACACAGCCAAAGUGCGACUGCAGAUUCAAGGGGAGGCCAGAGCCUCAGCAGCUGCAGGGAAAGGGUCUGCAGUGAAGUAUCGAGGAGUGUUUGGCACCAUCACCACCAUGGUGCGUACAGAGGGGCCCAGGAGUCUUUACAGUGGACUGGUGGCAGGACUCCAGAGGCAGAUGAGCUUCGCCUCUGUCCGCAUUGGUCUCUACGACUCUGUAAAACAGUUCUACACUAAAGGCUCUGAUCAUGUGGGCAUCGGCAGUCGGCUGCUUGCAGGAAGUACCACAGGUGCCAUGGCGGUUGCUUUUGCUCAGCCCACAGAUGUAGUGAAAGUCCGCUUCCAGGCACAGGCCAGGUCCUCUGGGCACGCAAGACGCUACGGUAGCACCAUUGAUGCUUACAAGACCAUUGCUAAGGAAGAAGGCAUUCAUGGUCUAUGGAAAGGUACAGCUCCAAACAUUGCACGUAAUGCAAUUGUCAACUGCACAGAACUGGUGACGUACGACUUCAUCAAGGACACACUUCUGAAGUCCACUCCCCUGACAGACAACCUGCCUUGCCACUUUGUAUCAGCCUUUGGUGCAGGAUUAUGCACAACAGUUAUUGCCUCUCCAGUCGAUGUGGUCAAGACAAGAUAUAUGAACUCUGCUCUCGGCCAGUACAGCAGCGUCCUAAAUUGUGCCGCUGCCAUGAUGACCAAAGAAGGACCGCUCGCCUUUUAUAAGGGGUUCAUGCCAUCUUUCUUACGCCUGGGCUCCUGGAACGUGGUGAUGUUCGUGACAUAUGAGCAGCUGAAACGGGCCAUGAUGGCAGCGAAUCACAACUGCACAACUACACUGUAAUCAUGUAAUUAAUAGUAAUUAAUACUGCCUGG